AUGUCGGCUGGUAACAUGGAAGAAUAUGGAAGGUUUCCAUAUGUAUGUUUUUAUAUGUACGUGCGAAAAGCCGUAACACCAAACUUAGGGUGGAUGACCGAAGAAAAGGGAAUAAAUGAAGUAAUAGCUAACUAUAGGCAAUAACAUUUCAAGUGUUGGAAAAAAAACACAGUAAAAUAUUCAUAAUAUAAUUUUGUUUUAUCUACGGGUUGCGAGCGUGAUAAUGACGUGUCUGGGUAUGAAUAAACAUAAUUAUUAUUUCACCCGUCUCGAUGGUUAAGUACGAGGUUACAAAUGUUUGUCUUUCUAACGGGAAAUGCGACUUUUAACUCGGAACAGUAAUAUAAUUGAAUUCGUACCUAAGCAUAUCUGUUGAAUAAUUAAUAAUUUCAUUUUAAAUUUUCGCGGGUCGAGUUUAUUUGCGCGCUGUUUUGACUCUGAGAGGAAUACUAAAUUCAGUUUUACGUUCGCACCGAACUACACAGGAUUGUAUUGUAUAGGUGUUAAAAUGACGACGGACUUCGAAAGAACAAUUAAGCCUAUUUUAACCGUAGCGAAGCUGUGCGGUUUCAUUAACAUUGUUUACGUAUUGGAACCGAACGGACUUUUGGCCCGAGACACGAGCACAAUAUAUUAUUCGUUUCUCGAAAUUUCAAGAAUGAUCGUGUUGUUCAUAUGUGCUUACAAAAAUUUCAACAACGAAUUUAGAAUCCCGCAAAUAUUGAUAGCGUGUAAAUUUUGGUUCGUCAUUAUUGCAGCGAGAUUAUCAGAAAUAUGGAUAGUUAAGUAUGUAUAAAUUAGAAUUUUAGACCCCGGAACCACAUAAAAUCCAUAAAUGGAUUAAUCCCGAAAUCAGCUCCGCGCAAUACCAUUUGCUUCGUAUGUAUUCGUGCGAAGCAGGAUGUUUGAAUGCAACUCAAUCCGGGUUACCGAUAUUUUCUUUCAUUGUCCAGCACGUCGUACGUAUCAACUACUGCCGUAUCAAUUUAGGCCGACUUUCCAUUAACCAGUCCAAUCGAUCAGUGGUGCAACAAAACCGCCAACUUUGGGGGUUGCUCAUGUUAUGGACACAUCAAAGACCCACGGGUACUAUGCUCCCACAAUCCCCGUUACACAACUCAUACAUUAAGCAAUUACACAUCUCGUUUACAAUUUCGUGUACACAAAUUUAACACAAACUAUUUUAACAUUAUUUUUCGUACACUCAUGCAUAUAGGUACGUGGAUAAAAUAUUAAGCCUUUACUAUGAAGAAGCUCAUUGGGUUUUUCAGGGCGGGUAGCUAAUUUUAAUCUUAGAAAUGCUUAAGACUCCCCUAGAGUCUUUAAGCUUAUGAGUGAGUCCCUGGGAUGCGGACCCCAUCUCUCCCAGCGAGCUAUAUAAAUUGUAGGUAUUGCAUUCGAUUUUUCUUUGAUUGAAUUGUCAUUUAAACAAGUAUGGACCGCCCCCCCCCCUUAUUGAAAAAAUCCUGUAGACUGCGUCGCUGCUAUCGAUAUAUUAUAAGAAGGCGAUACGCACACGUUUGUUGUUUCUGUCUUAUAAACGGCUUGCAUAGCAAAUUAUUUGGGUACAGCAUUACCGAUUUCUUUGAAUUCAGCGUGAGUGUACACGAGUGCGGUCAAACCAUUUUUAAACAUUUAAUUUUAGUUUUUUUUUGGUUGAAAAUUAAAAACUAAAAUUCAAAAAAGCGGUUUUAACGAUCUCUGUAUACUUCCUGCUGAAUUCAUCAUAUCCGUUUUCAGAAUUCUUAUCGCUUCACUGUAUCGAUCGGCGACUGAUUUAAGAAGAAUAAUAUGGUUAAAAUUGACGCGGUGCGUGUGCAGGGAUGGUGAAAUAGGGGAAGUGGGUUGGGGUACUUCCAUGAUUUUCCCAUUCAACGGGCUGCACGAUAUGAUUAUCAGGCGUUUAAGCGUAACAAACGAUUUGUGUGUUUAUAUGAAAGGUUUAUUAAUGGCAUCAUAGAGUACGACAGGAAACUCACGGUACUGCCAAAAGUGUGGAUGGAACAACACCAACGGUGUAUAAGUAAGAGAUACUGGAACGCGUUUCUCGUGGUUUUGUUCGCGUAUUACGUUUCAUUUCAAAUAUAUUACACGUACUUGUGGCCGCCGAAGACGAUAGACUUUUCUAUACUCACCAUUAUUCUUUUUCAACCGCCGUUCAUCAUAGACUUUGCGGUCAUCGUCAUAUCGUGUUUCUACAUCGUUAAUUUGGAGCGCAGAUUCGAUAUGCUGAACAGUGUGUGGCAACGUCUGUCGACCGGACUGGUCGCCGUUCCCGGCAGCUAUACGUAUUCCGAAAUCGCCGUGCUGGUGGAAAACAUACGGUUGUUACACGCAGAACUGUGCGAGCUGUUGAGAAUAUUCAGCUCGGGUUUCGGCCAAGUGUUGUUGGCGUAUUUCGUAAUAAGCUACGUCAACAUGGUGUUCCAAUUUUUCCUGAUGAUCAGCCUUAAGUUUGCGACGCCGCGAUUCAAUAUUACCGAAAACAUAAUCAGGAGCUUACUACCGUACGUUAUGAACUUGCAACACAUAGUGUUCGUCAUGUUCAUUAUUGUCGCCGCUUCGCGUAUAAUUGAAAAGGUAAGUGCUGCGCGAUAAUACUAUGCCUACGUAAAAUGUGGGCAUGUCAAUGCGACUAAGUUAAGUUAAAUAAAUAAAAAAAGUGUUCAGUCAAAAGUUGACAAAGUAAAUUUGAUACCGCUGACGGGUGUGUUACUGUUGUUGGAGGGAAAUUAGGAAGGCAGGAUGCAGAGAGUGAUUUAAUUUAUAUCUGUAUGCGUUGAUAAACUCCGUGUUGAAUGUCAAAUGCUUAAAAUAAUAGAUGCAAAAUGUCAUUAUGAGUAACAAUUUUAGGUUUCUACAAUUAUUUUAAACAAAAUAAAGAAAAAAAAAAAAAAAGGUCUCUUGUAGUUUUUCGAUUGGAGCAAUAUUAAUGGUAAAAAAUUUUAACGCCGUAAAUUUGUCAUUUUUUAUUUUACGUUUUUUUUCGAUUGUUUCCAGUUAUUAUGAAAACUGCAUUGAAAAUUAAAAAAUGAACAAUUUCCAUUGGCAAUUGGAAUUUAGAUCCAAAAUGCAACAAUAAAGUUCUCUUGUAAUUUUUCGAUAGGAGCAAGAUUUUUGGUAGUCAAAUUGCUCUAGUGAAAAUACAAAACGAUGUUAACUCGGUAUUUUUUUUAUUUUACAAUAAUCUAAAUCAAACCAACACUGUACAUUGUAAUACCUACAUAAAUGGGGAGCACGUAAAAACUUGGACCAUAAAAAUCUGGACGGUACAAAUUUGGAUAGUAUAAAUAUGGAAUUUAAUAUUUAAAAAACUGGUGCAGUCACUGUCAUAGUUAAGAAGUAGAAAAUGUAGGAUACAUAAAGUUAAUUAAUUUAUAUCUGUAUGCUAAUAAACCGUUUUUAACGAAAAACGAUUCAGAGCGAAGUUCGUUAAGACAUAGUUUGAAAUGCCAUAUUUUAGUUUUGGUUGUAUUAUAUAUUAAAAAACUAAAGUUUGAUUGAAAUCAUAAAAGUUACAGCAUUUAAAAAUAUGUCUUACCGAACUUCGCUCUGAAUCUUCUUUUCGUUAGCGACUGUUUAUCGAAUAUCGGCACUUUUUUUUAAAUAUUAAAUUUCAUAUUCAUACCGUCUAGAUUCGCGCCGUCCAGAUUUUUACGGAUUUCAAAAUUGUAUAUUCCAGAUUUGUACUGUCCAAGUUUUUACAUACCAGGUUUUUACGUGGACCCCAUAUUACAUUACCGAGAACAGCCAAUGAAAAUUGAAUUUGGAAAAAUCAUUAGUCUCCAACAUAAUUGUUAACAUAAUUGAUUGUUUGGGUAUUCAUGAAUAUUAACUGUAAAACGUUAUGUUUGUACACUUGAAUGUUAAACUAUUUGAAUUAUUUAGUUAAAAAUAAUUAUCUAGUUAAGUUGAAGGUUUUAAAAAAUUAACUUUGCUCCCCAUUCCUUACAAUUUGUUAUAAAAGCACAUCGAUUCCAUGACUAUACAUUGAAUGUAGACAUCUUACUAGGUAGUUAUAUAAUUUCAUUAUUAUUAUUUAAGAACAUUAGAGUUUUUUUUUUGUUCGUAUUAAUAUGUAACACGCUUUUUAUUAUAUAAAUCGUUGAAUGCAGAAAGGAUACAUGUUGUAACAUAUAACAUUUUUAGAAAAGACAUAAAAACUUAUCCAUUCCUGAAUAAAAUUGAAAAAUAUAUUUCAUGUUAAUAACUAAUAUUACAGUGUUUGAUACAAUCAACUACAGGUUUCUACAGUUAUUGUAAUAUUAUGAAUUAUAAAUUUUAUAACUCUUAAGUUUAAGGAUUCUCAAAGGGUCUUUGGUAUUUCUUAAACGAAUUUCAAAAUUUGAACAUGUACCCUUCUGCAUUUAACGAUUACAAUACCUAAAAAAGUUGAUACGUACAUUAUGAAAACGUAGCAAAAAAAUAACAAAAAUUGUGCAUAGAAUAUCAUAUUUUUACAGAAAAAGAAGAUGAUAUCAUAUUUACGGCUAAACAAGAUUUCAGAUUUGCCCGUAGACCUAAAAUUACAAGUAAAUAUUUUAUUUAAAGUCUAUUUUAUCACAAAUCGAUUUUACUUUUAAAUUAAUAAAAUAUCAAAGUAAAAACAAAAUUAUUAAAUGGUUAAUACCCGUAAAGAAGUAUAUAAAUAAAUAAAUGAAUAAAUGAAUGCGUCGCCUGGAUUAUUAUGAGGUCAUAUGUGUAUUGUACGACCGGUUUCGAAUUAAAAACGCAUUGUCAGGUAAAAUCACAAAGUCAAAAAGUAAAACGCGACUGAACAUGAAAAAAUAAAUUAAGGAAUACAAAGAGAAAAUAUUAUACAAAUUGGUCGUUUUACAUAGAAAUAAUUUAUUUUAAUAGGAAAGAUUAUUUUAAAUUAGUUAUUAUUAGACAUAGAUAUGUCAAGAAAUAUAAAUUAUUUGGUUAUUACUUCUUGUCUAAAAUGUAUUGAUUUAUAGUUAAUUUUUUUUUUAUGAAUUUCAUUAGUGUAAAUGAUAACAAUAGCAUUAGAUUUAUUUACUGGAACUAUUUCUAAAUUAUUUUGUUUUCAAUUUAUUCAUUACGUUGUUAAUUGUUUUUGGUCGUUUUUACUAUUGUGCUUUAAUAUUUUAUUAGGUUUAUUUUUGUAGUUUUUAUUGGUGCUGUUUAUUAUGUUGUAACAUGUUUGACUUUGUUUUUUAAAUUGUAUAUAAUUCAUAACAGAUUCACAUUGUAUUAAUUGAUUGAAAGUUUAAUGUUUGAUAUGUAUUGAAUUUAUUACCUUUCUUUUAUAAAUUGUCUUCAGUUUUAUUUAAAAUUAUGAUGGUAAAUUUUUAAUUAGAAACCAGUCGUAGAAUAUACUUAUCAUACUCUAGGCAACGCAUUGAUUUAUUUAAAUAUUUCUUUUAAAUCAAUUGGAUAAUAUUCGUUUACGAAUAACCGUACAAUAUUAAGUAGGUAGCUAUUCCUACAUAAUAUAUUAUUAUUGUAAUUUCCAAAAGAUUUUUCGAUAAUUAAAGUUUAGACGUUUAAGACUCGGAAAAAUCAAAGUAUAUAGGGAAACUGCGAGACCUAAAAGAAAUGAGCGUUCCUUUGCAUGAAUUUAUUUUCCUUUGAAUUCCACUUGUUCCGCGAGGAGUCUGUCCCCACACCCCCUUUCACUAAAACGUAUUUUUUUUUCUAACAUUACUUAUUCAUUUAGGUUAAGCAAUUUAUGAAUCAAAUAUUGAUUUACGAAUCGGACGAAAUGACCGCUUUUGGUUUUUUCAAUAUCGAUUUGAAUUUAGCCGUAACGGUGAGUAUAUAUACAUAAUAUUUAUAGUAUAACGAUAGAGGUGCCUGUUUGAAACAAAAUACAUAUUUUACUUAGUAACGGUAUUUCUUUUAUCAAGAAUAGUUCUAGAUUGGUAGGAACUUACGGGUUUUUUUCCCUCUCAUAAACCAAUACGUAUCCGUAUAUUUCACCAAUAUAUUUUCCUGGACAACAUGGUGGUCAUAACAUUUCGGUGGUUGAGUUCUGGCAAUUGCAGAGUUUUUCACUGUGAUAGUUUCAAACUUAAAAUCGAUUAACGUUUUCGGUACACUAAUGGUACUUCUAAAUAAUAUAAAACCAUAAUUACCUAAUGUAUACAGAGUGAUCCAUUAAGCGUGCUCACCCCGUUUUUUCGGUUAAAUUUUAUGUGGCGGCACGGCGUUUUAAUUUUGCAGCGCUCCACUACUCUCCUCCUUCCUAAACUUAAAAGUGUAAUAUCUCGUCGAUGGGUUGAUGGAAAUCGAACAUUUUAACGUUAAAAUUUAUUUAAACUAAUAGAAAACUAAUAAAACUCCAUCUCAUUUGAAAAACUAAAGUUGGAAUCGUCGCAGGAUACUCCCUAUAUCCUUACAUCUAUUCUCUUGAGAAAAAUUUAAGCAUUUGAAAAUAUCGGCUUUAACUAAACUUAGAAAUUCCGAAAAUUAAAAUUUGAUUAUAUUAUGCAAAAUUUAACCAAACAAAUGGGAUGAGCACGCUUAGUGAAUCAUCUUGUACAUAAUAUAUGGCGUACCUACGUUGAUUGCUAAUAUUUUUAUUUAAGUAAAUAUUUUUAAGUACGUACUUACCUACCUAUUAGUUAUAUUGUGUACAGAGGAACCUCGAUAAGUCGAAAUUAAAGGGAAAUUAAAUUUUUUCGAUUUAUCAAAGUUUUAGGAAAAAAAUUCGACUCAAGGAGUUUUUAAUUAUUAUAAAGUAUGUAUGUACAUAAUAUAACAAUUACAGGGCAUUUUUACAGUCACUACACCGUACACGCAUAGCCGAUCGAUCGCAACCGACAAUACCGAAUGCAGUAACAAUAAACCGACCGAAAAAUACGAUAAUAAACACAAAAAAUCGAACGAAAAAUACGAUGAUAAACACAAUAAACCGAAUGAAGAAUACGAUAAAAAAACGCAAUAAACGCGAUUAGGUUAAAUUAUGGGACGCAAAGGCCGAUUAGACAAAUGACUAUAAAAAUUAUCCGACAUUAUCCGUCUAUAUUCGGAACACAGAAUGUUCGAGUUAUCCAUAGUAUUUCUUUCGAGUAAACGACAUUUAUUUCGACUUAUCAAGGUUCCACUGUGUUUAAUAAUAAUAUGUAGUACGUAGUACGUACUAUCGGAAAUGUAAAACUGUUACAAAUAUACAUUUUAUGUUAACUCGUGGGUAUACUAUAUUAUACAUACUUAUGAGUUAUGAAAAUUCUCUACACGCACCCGUUUGAAAAGCAUACCACAAGUGAUGUGAAAAAUCCGGAUUUGUCACACUUCGAGAAUCGGGUAAUAAAGAGACUUUUCCACUAAUCUAUUGUCAAAUCGCAUCCAUUCGAGGAGUACAGCCGUGAAGAGGUUUUUUUUGUCUUAAAGUAUCAAUAUUUUGCCACUUGAACCGGCUAUUCUAGUUAUUAGAAAGAACUUCCGAAAACAUAUUUUAAUUCGUCAUAAAGUUCAAUUGAAAUCGACUUUCUUACAAUUUUCAAUUAAUUUUUGUUUGCUCAAUAUUGUUCACAUUUUAAACAUUUUAAAUAUCAAUUUUUGAAGAGUUCGAGAGCUCAAUUUCAAAAAAGUGGAAAUGUCGUUUUCAAGUAAAUUUCAAAACGAAUUAUUCAAAUGUUUUCAAAAGUUAUAUCCGAUUAUUAGGACAGUCGAUAUAAUUUGCAUAAUGUAGAUUUAUUUCGAUAGAAAACAUAGAUGGUAUCGAAUCCUCUUGAUACAAAAUAAAGAAAAUGAAAAUAAUAAAAAAUAAACACAUUUUAGAUUAAAAAAAAAAAAAAAAUAUAAAAGAAAAAAAAACCGAUACCCGAAUAAUUUGUAAAUAAAUGUAAAUUACGUUGUUUGAUACUCUUUUGGAUUUUCGUAGAAUCCGGAUUUAUGUCGUAUCACUAGUAGGCACCAGUUAUACAGGGUGAUCAACAUAACAUAAGACACUCAUUAUCUCGGAAUGUAUUAACUAUGGAACACUAUUAAAACGCCAAGCGCCGUGCCGGCACACAAAUGAUACGCCGUUACUUUCCUACCGCCGAAACUAUAGAAAAUGAGAUAUCUCGUCAACAGGUUGACAGAAAUCAAAAAUGUCAAUAUCAAAAUUGCGGUUUAAACUAAUAUUCCAUUUAUUUGUGACGUUUUUAAUAUAGGUUGCCGUUUGAGUAUGCAUGUAGUGGUUUCAAGUUUUCAACCCCUAAAAUAAGAGUGACGAAAAAAAGUAACAGUUAUGUAAUAUUUUAGAGCAACUGAUUUCUUAAAUGUUCUGAAAAAAAAUUUCCGAAAAAGGUUAACACUUUCCGACAUAAUGAGUGUUCUACGUAAUAAUACAGUCGACCGGAAAACCGGUCUGUUUAGAAAUCGCCUUGUUGAUAUUCGGCUUCAUUACGAUUAAAAAAAUUAGUUAUUUACAUAUUGUAUUAAACAAUUCGAUUUUUUUCAGAUACUAGUAUUACUCAUUACCGGAUUAUCGACUUUGAUACAGAUGAAAGAACAUCCGAUUAUUUUGUAUUUGGUCAAUGAUACUCUGUCGUACGUGGUGAAUCUCAUAGAGAAUACCUAUGGUGAAGAUUGGGCUCAGGGCAGUCAGAAUACAAAUGAAACGAUAUAA